CCUCUCUUCUUCCUUCGACAGUGAUUUAGUUGGCCGACGCGCCUUUUCGAAGUCUCCUCUUUCAUCCUUUUUCUUGCGCGCGUUAUCACGCGGUUAUCACUUCGGAGAGAAGAGCAUGCUUAUCUCGAUAAUAUCCUAACGUUUCUUGCUGAGAAAUAGAAAUAGGGAGAGAGAAAGAGAGAGAGAGAGAGAGAGAGAGAGAGGGAGAGAGGGAGAGAGAGAGAGAGAGAGAGAGGGGGAGAGAGAGGGGGAGAAAGAUGGAAACACGCGCGAAAUACCCGGGAACGUGAAAAAUCAAGUUAAUUCGUGGUUUUACAUACUCGUGCUAUUCGCCGGCCUAUCGUGAACUACAGGAUAUGCACUUUUAUUGUUCAUCAAUUUCUUCAACUUUUUUUAUCUACACACUCCUACGAGGACUUUUCGUGAACUUAAGAGAACACGUGAGAGAAUUUUGAGUCUGACCGCCGAUAGUAGUAGGAACGUGUUUACACUUGUUGGUGAUAUAAGCGUGGGAUUAUAAUAAUACCAUCGAUAUUGCGAAUGGACGAACUGGCGGCAAUGGAGGAGGAAAGAAACUCGCGAAUACGCGAGACUGACUCUGUUGUUACGAUGGACCAUCUCGUUUUUCUUCGAUAAGGCCUUCGCUUUUUAAAGUGUGCGCGUUACAACUAUUCUUCCGGGAUAUAGUCGAUGACAAGAAAAUGCGAUGACGAAUUGAAGAAUCGACGAGAAAGAAAGUAGGAAUAAUGCCUCAAGAAAGCAUUCGUUGGCAAGGGACCCAGAGGAGAGCCUGUGGCCCAGGGGCACACUGGAACGUUCAGGUGGUCAGAGGGAAGGUGACAACGCGAUGCUUGUGGCAUGCCUGCAAAGCUCUUGGCAUCGGGCUCUUGUUGAUGGUUCUGGGUGCUUGUAUGGCGACUAUAGGUUAUUAUGCGGAUCAAUUAUCGGUGGCGCAAGAGGUUAGAGGUAAUUUGACAGUAAAAGUAAAAAACGAGUCACGAGAGUUUCACUUGAACAAUCUCAGUUAUGCCGGACCUAUUGUCAUGGGUGUAGGAGGAUUUAUCGUGGUGGCCGUGUGCGUGAUGACUUUCGAGGCGCGCGAUAGUGCGGCUAAGGUGGUACCGGCACGUUUUCGAUUCAAUCAGAGUACGUUAAAAGGUGGGAGGACUCAACGAAAUCGUAGAUCAACGUCUUGUCAAACGACUAACAAUAAGUGGGAUCAUCAAUAUGGUCUAUUCAGGAUUAAUCGGAGUUUGAGUCCUAGCGCUCAUGAAAUCUCCCGAAGACAGUUAAAGGCUGAAUUAGUGCGAUUCUCACGAGAUUUACACGAGAAAAGUGUAUCGCAUACGAUUAAAAAGAGUCCAAGUGCUCCGAUUUUGAUCGAUAAGAAAUCACCUCGGAGAGAGGUUCCUCAGUAUGCUGCCUGUGCACUCCUCAAUCCACAAUUAUUGCAGAGACACGCUCUAUCCGUUGAUAAUCCCGCUUACAGUCCUCCUCAAGUUAGUCGGGAGAGUUUGGAAUAUCCAAAAUUAACUGGCAGUCAGGUUUCAAUGGCUAUGGAUCUUCAUAUCCCUAAUAAAGGACCGGUUACGUUGAGAGUAAAAGAUCGAUCGGAUACGGCGAAACGUCAUCAGUUGCUUCGGCAAACGAAAAUCGAAGAUGUCGAGGAGAUCAUGGAAACGAAAAGACCAACGUCCGGAUAUAUAUAUUCACCUAGAUUAUCAGGUAUAUAUAGCAAAUAUCCUGGGGAAUAUGUAAUCGGUAAAAGAAAUUCUGUAGACGUUCGGUAUUUGGAAGAUUUCGGGUCCGUUACAAAAGAUUCGGUGAAAGUUUCACCACGAGAUUUUCGAAAACUUUCAUCUCCGAACUUUCGUAAAAUGUCUUUCGAUAAAAUUGGCGGUGGUGAGCAUAGAUUGGACAAAUCGAUGAUGGGCCAUCGAAAGGCUAGUUUGGAGUUUAGAAGGAGUCCGGAUUUUCGUCGAGGUGAUUACAGAAAGCUAUCGGUGGACAGAUUCAGCGUGGAUUACACCAAAUGCGUAAUGGACGAGCUCGAGUUUAGAUCCAAGGCAAGCAGCGGCGAGAGCUUAAAGAGACAACGUUAUCCUAAGCUUCAUCAUUCUCGAUCGGACGACAACAGAAGACGUUCCUUCGAUAAAGGUCAAAGAGAGUCACAAUCCAGCAGAUAUUCAUUGAACACGCAAGGUGCUACGGACAGUGCCGAUUACGAUCUAAGAUAUUUUAUAUCAACUUCAUUGAGCACCGAGGAAAGUCGUACGGAAAAUCCGGAAGAUAGUCAUGGUUUCGACAUCGACGAAUCCUUGACUAAUCCUUCGCCGUUGGAGGGCCAAGCGGAAACGGAUACGCUAUUGGAGGAACCAGAAUUGGAGAAUCUCACGGAGAAUGACAUCGAAAAUUCCGUUGAUCAUUUAAAUUGCGAAGAUACGAAAAAGAUGGAGGAUCAUUCGAUAAAGGGUGAAGAUAUGAUGCUGCAGGAUUGGAAGAACAUUUUGAAGCAAUCGGAAAUAAAGGGGGAAACGAUGUUGUGCAUAGAAGACGACGAGGUUUGAAAUCAUUUCUAUUUGUUUAUUACUUCUUCGGACGUUUUUCCAAAAAAGAAAGUGAGUUCGUGGUUUCAUUCUGGAUCGACGUGUCUAGUCGAGUUUUACUCUAGUCGCGUUGCAUUAAUAUGACAUGCAAACGAUCAAUAUAUUUUAAGCGAUUAAUUGUAUAUAUAUAUAUUUGUGUAAUUUGAAAGCGUGCGCUCUAGAGAUGCUGUUAUAUAUCGUCGAAUACGAUUAAAGAGAGCGAGAGAGAUGACGUUAGGAUUUAAAUUGUCUAUUCGUAAAGCGAGCCUAAAAGAUCAGAAUAUUUCGAGGACCAUUGAUUUAAAUAGUGGAUACAACAACUCUGUGAUUUGUAACGUGUAGCAAUGUUGUAAGAUGACGAAAGGCAAUUAUGAAAAAAGAACGAGCUUUUUAAAUUACAGGAGAUUUUACAAGAUUUUAAUACGACACUCGUUAAUAUGGCCUUUGAAUUGUUAUUAUAUUAUCAAUGCUUUAAAACCUUAAAUAUUUAUUGUAGAUGAAUCGUCGUAUAAUGAAAUAAGAAGGAAAGAAUUAGAAAAAGGUUUUAAAAGAAAAAGACAAAGUUUUAGAUAUUUUUUAAAUCGCUCGUUCGUCGAUCCUUUACUUCGUUUUAAUCGAAUCGAAGAAUUAUUUAUCGAUCGAUUUUUUCGAUGUCAUAUAGAGCGAACUAAAGCGAGAAAAGGACAAUAAAAUUCGUACGAGUAUUGUCACGCGACACUCUAAAAGACACUCGCGAGAAGUUUAAUGAGAUUGGUCAGUUUUCUCUUAUACCAAUUGCCUAUCUUGACUUCAAUUAUUUAGAUAUUAUAAGAAUAAUAAAAAGAAGUGAAUUCGUUCGAUUAUUUAAAUUAACUUUACCAUUGACAUAAAACGAUAAGGCGUCGAUACAAUCACAAUAAUACUUAUAUGUUAUUAUGUAAAAGAUAAGACAAAUUGUAACUCGAAUAUAAAGAAGAGAAGACUAAUAGGAGACAUUAAAUGACAUUAUUUAUAUCUCCUAAUAGCUCUAAUCGAAUGAUUGUAUUAAUAAAAUUAAAAACG